AGCACCAUGUAUAUAACAUCUACACUUCUGUCUACGUAGAUGGCGCCAAACUGUUGAUCGUGAAAAUGAUUCACUGACGUUUGUAUUAUUAUCACAAAUUGAACAUCAAUUGCCGAUAUAAUGGCAAUGCAAUACUUAAGAUUAUUUGUAAACGCUCACAAUAUAUGCUCUAAGAGCGUAUACAAUGUUAGCCGACACAUUGCUUCACUUUCAUUGUUACCGGAUACACAUCAAAUGCUUUACAAGACAUGCAGGGAUUUUGCUGAAGGAGAAUUAAAGCCUAUUGCAGCAGAAAUUGAUAAGAAACAUCUGUUUCCAAAGGAGCAAGUGAAGAAGAUGGGUGAACUCGGUCUCAUGAGUCUGUGUGUACCUGAAGCGUUAGGUGGUCCAGGUCUGGAUUAUUUAGCGUAUGCCAUUGCCAUGGAGGAAAUAUCCAGAGGAUGUGCAGCCACAGGAGUUAUAAUGAGCGUACACAAUUCACUCUACUUGGGCCCAAUAAAUUACUUUGGAAAUAAUAAGCAAAAGGAAAAAUAUAUAGUGCCUUAUCUGAAUGGUGAAAAGAUUGGUUGUUUCGCUCUCAGUGAGCCAGGCAAUGGAUCUGACGCAGGUGCUGCAUCUACUGUGGCAAAGAUAAAUGGUGAUAUUUUUACAAUUAAUGGCACCAAGUCAUGGAUUACAAAUGCGUUUGAAGCUAGAGCAAUAGUGCUCUUCGCAACAACCGACAAGGCCAAAAAGCACAAAGGUAUAAGCGCCUUUAUAGUGGACAGUCCAACAGCUGGCCUGUCUCUGGGCAAAAAGGAGGACAAAUUGGGCAUACGGGGCAGCAGCACGUGCUCCUUGAUCUUUGAGGAUUGCGAAGUGACAAGGGAUCACAUUUUGGGUGAACCAGGAAUGGGAUUUAAGAUCGCAAUGAUGACUUUAGACGCUGGCAGAAUAGGCAUCGCCGGGCAAGCUUUAGGCAUAGCUCAGGCGUCUCUGGAUUGUGCGAUGGAUUACGCGGCUAAGCGUCAAGCCUUCGGCGCGCCGAUCAUUAAAUUGCAGACGAUUCAGCAGAAAAUCGCCGACAUGGCUCUGAAGGUGGAAAGCUCGAGGCUCUUAACGUGGCGAGCGGCUCAACUGAAGGACGCCGGCAAACCGUUCACGAAGGAAGCCGCUAUGGCCAAACUGUCCGCGUCGGAAACUGCCACGUUCUGCGCGCAUCAGUGCAUACAGAUUCUGGGAGGGAUGGGAUACGUGUCAGACAUGCCAGCAGAACGUCAUUACAGAGACGCGCGCAUUACAGAGAUCUACGAGGGCACGUCAGAGAUACAGAAGCUAGUGAUCGCCGGGAAUCUCAUCAAAGAAUACAGCCUCAAUUGAGAGAUAGCACGACUCGUGUGAGAUAAUCAUUGGUAUCUGCGUGUUUUUUUUUUAUGUCCUAGUAAAAUAUAUUUUGCAUAUGCAUCGUUCAUCUAGUUAAUACUUGUAAAUAUAUAUAUAUUUUUUUUAUCGUGUGUAUAUAUAUAUACAAGGAUAUAUAUACUUGAAUAUAUCUUCAUAUUUUUGUAUUAUCUUUAUAUACUUUAUAUACUAGAGAGAAGUCAAAAUAAAUCUCAUGUAUGCUA